AUGAACUCCAUGGGCGUGAAACAAGGGGGCGAAGAAAGGGCCCCUGCGGCGGCGGCGGCGGCGGCUCCCGCUGCCGGAGGAGGCCACGGCCAACACGCCGCCGGUGGCGGCGGCGGUGGUGGCGGCAAGGGCGGCAAGAAGCGCGGGCACAGGGCGAAGGACAUCCCGGACGAAGAGUUCGACGCGGAGAUCGCUGGCGGCAUCAGGGCCGACGUUAGGAUGUUCUCCGGGUGCGAGGACGUCCAGACCUCGGCCGACGUGCACGACGUGGCCAAGUUCGGCCUUCCCGAUGCCACCGGCGCCGGUGGUGCCUGCACCAACGCCGUCCUCGCCAACGUGAAAGACUCCAAGCCCGACUCGUGGAUGAGCCUGCUCAAGGGAAUGCGCUCCACCCUCAAGGAGAAGAAGUUCAAGCAGAUCCCCCAGCUGGCCACCUCCAAAAAGAUGGACAUCCACUCGCCCUUCGACCUGUCUGGGGGUGACGAAUCAGGCAACCACAAGGCCCUCCUGAUCGGCAUCAACUACACGGGCGGAAAGGGAGAGCUCAAGGGCUGCCACAACGACGUGAAGCAGAUGAGGGAGUACAUCACCACCCACGGAUACCCCGCCGACGGCGCAAACCUCAAGAUCGUGUCCGAUGACGGAGAGCACGAGGAGCCCUCAAAGGAGAACAUCCUCAAGGCCAUCAAGUGGCUCGUUCACGGCGCCAAGGCCGGAGACUCGCUCUUCAUGCACUACUCGGGCCACGGGGGCUCCGUGAAGGACAACACAGGCGACGAGGAGGACAACAAGGACGAGACCAUGAUCCCCGUCGACUACAUGAAGUCGGGACAGAUCAAGGACGACGAGAUCCUCAAGGAGCUGGUCAUGCCCCUCCCCGAAGGCGUCGUUCUCUCCGUGGUCAUGGACUGCUGCCACAGCGGCUCCAUCCUUGACCUGCCCUACUCGUUCGACGCCAAGGACGGCGCCCUCGAGUUGGUAGAGGCCGGGGGCUCCGGCGUCAUGCAGAAGAAGAAGAACUUCAACGUCAAGAAGAAGAUGCACAAGGCGCAGGGAAAGCACUAAGCCUGCACUCGGCCUGCCCACCGUACGUUCCGUGCCGUUUGGGCACUAUAAUACCGCCGUAGUGUCCAUUCGCCCGUGUGUGUGUGCCGCGGUUAACUUCGACGACGGAUAGAGCAAGCCCGGAUUUUCUGCGUUCUCAUGAGUCAUUUUGCCGCUUUUGUACCUUUUGAUGGUCCAUCGUCCUUAUUUGAAAAUGUAGAGGUUAGGUUUUAAUCGUUUUACAAAUUAAAUGCAGGUGUAGAUGUGUAGCUGGGCGUUUUUUAUCGUUCGGAGACUGGUGAGGUGAAGGCCUCGAUUUGCUUCAUUUCUAGCAGCAGCGUGUUUGACCCUCGGUUUAACGCAUGCUUGAAGAUGUCCCUCUUUCUCGAAAGGGGGAUACGCCGAGAACCUCAACUUGAGGGGGGGGGGCACCGCUGGCUGGCGGAAGUUGGAGACAUCGCCUUGUCGAGCGCGCUGCUGCUCUCUGUGUUACUUUUUGGAAGAGCGCUACAUGGUCCGAAAACUUUUUUUAUGAGGCGGCGGCGCCAUCAGCGGCAAGCAGAGAGAUAGUGACUGCGCCCCCCGACAUGUGGUGUACGCGCUUUUUGUUGUUGUUCUGCUUGCUACCGGUGAGGUUUUGUUUAAGCAAGUGACCAACCACGUUCGAGAAAUAAAUCCAUGGAUACCUUGGAGUGCAUUUUUCGACACCUAUCGACUUCCUUCCCCGCUUCUUGUCGAUCGAUGCGUUGUUUUUUUUUAUCUUGGCUUGUUCCCAGAAAAAUGAACGAUGUUACAGAGAGCU